AUGGCUGUUGCGGGUGAGAACAGGUUUGUGCAGAUUCACGAGAUGGAGGAGCUUAGACACGAUGCGUAUGAAAGCUCCAAGUUGUACAUGGAACAUACUAAGACGCUUCAUGAUGCCCGCUUGAAGGACAAGAAAGAAUUCCGAGUGGGUGAUCGUGUGUUGUUAUACAACUCACGUCUCAAGUUAUUUCCUGGUAAGCUCAAAUCUCAGUGGUCAGGUCCCUAUAAUGUACGGUCAGUGUUUCCUUACGAGACCGUGGAGAUAGGCCAUGAGGAUGGCCGGUUGUUUAAAGUCAACGGGCAUAGGCUAAAGGCUUAUGUUGGAGGGCCCGUUGACCAGAGUGAGGAGGUUUCGGUUCGUUCUGGUCGCGAGGGAUGUUAUAGCUUGUUACCAGCUCUCAGGUAUUUUAGUUCGGUUCUUUUUCUUGGUAGGAGAUGCUUCGUGAGUGCCCCGGGUUGA